AUGUUCUACCAUGAGACAGAUAUGGAGGAUGACAGCAUGGUAAACACUGCCUUGACGUUUGUGUUCCUCUUCCUCAUCACCCUCUUCUACAGCAUCGGAGUGACUGUUAUCAAGGUGAGACCUGAUCCAAGAAACAAACAGGCUCAGCCUGUGACUGAGCCCAACAUCACCAUCAGCAUCACGACAUCAGACGACAUCGUUCGUCUGCUUUGUUGGUUGGAUGGUUUUCGUCCAAAUAAAGUGAAUGUUGAGUGGUACAAGGGUGAGGAGCUGCUCCGAGAGAAAUCGACCCUGAAAGUAUUCGAAGCUUCCAGCAAAGGAGAAAAGAUGUUUGCUGCACUCUGUGAACUCAGCAUUAAUACAGAGCAAUGGAACGACGGGACAGAGUUCACCUGUCAGGCCACACACAAUUCCAAGACCUUCAAACAAACAUGGAGCAAGUGUAAAGCUCAUCCGACAUCCAAACCGCUGAUACGUCUGGAGAAACCUCGUCUCGUGUCAGUAUUGACAGAUUCAGAAGUAACAGUCUCCUGUGUUGUUGAGACUAUGUUCAACAUCCAAGUGUCAUGGCUUGUAGAUGGAAAGAAAAAGAAGGACAAGAUGAGCACAAAAGAGACGAGACUGGGCAAGACGGUCAGCAAUCUGACCAUCUCUACAGCAGACUGGAAAACCGUGCAGAAAAUCACAUGCAUCGCUAAACAUCCAUGUUUCAACAAAGUAGAGGAGACGAUCGAUACUACAGAACCUGUGCAGAGAACUCCAACAGUGGUGAUCAGGAGGAUCCUUACAGACGGAGAGAAGGGAGACAGCGCGGUGCUGGUGUGUGCCGCAAGGGAUCUGCCCUCUGGUGAGCUUGCCAUCACCCUCCAGGCCAACGAAGCCAAGCUCUCUGAUGCUCAGUAUGUGGACCUGCCCAAAGGCCAGGACACUCUGACUGCACGUUUCACUGUUUCCAAAACGACACAAUCCAAAGACCAACGUUACACCUGUCAGAUUCAGCAAAGCAGUACCAAUAAGUGGGAAUCCAAUUCUACAGGAAACAUUUUUGGUGACCCUUCAGUGGAACUUUCAGUUGUUUCCACUGUGGACAAAUCUGCAUCAAAGACACAAAAACUUCUUUGCUCUGGAACUGGACUUAACCCAAAAAUCAAGUGGCUCCCCAAAUCUGUGCUGAAUGAUCUCCGUGAAGUAACGGUGCAAGCAGAUGGGCGUGUGAAAGUGUCCAGCGAGAUAUCGCUUCCACAGCAGGAGUGGAAUAAUGGAGGGGAAUUUACGUGUGAGGUCAGCGAUCAGGAUCACAAACCUGUUCAGAAGAGCACCAGUGUCUGUGCAGCUCAUCCGACAUCCAAACCGCUGAUACGUCUGGAGAAACCUCGUCUUGUGUCAGUAUUGACAGAUUCAGAAAUAACAGUCUCCUGUGUUGUUGAGACUAUGUUCAACACCCAAGUGUCAUGGCUUGUAGACGGAAAGGAAAAGGAGGCCACGACGAGCACAGAAGCGACGAGACUGGGCAAGACGGUCAGCAAUCUGACCAUCUCUACAGCAGACUGGAAAACCGUGCAGAAAAUCACAUGCAUCGCUAAACAUCCAUGUUUCAACAAAGUAGAGGAGACGAUCGAUACUACAGGACCUGUGCAGAAAACUCCGACAGUGGUGAUCAGGAGGAUUCUUACAGAUGGAGAGAAGGGAGACAGCGCAGUGCUGGUGUGUGCCGCAAGAGAUCUGCCCUCUGGUGAGCUCGCCGUCACCCUCCAGGCCAACGAAGCCAAGCACUCUGAUACUCAGUAUGUGGACCUGCCCAAAGGCCAGGACACUCUGACUGCACGUUUCACUGUUUCCAAAACGACACAAUCCAAAGACCAACGUUACACCUGUCAGAUUCAGCAAAGCAGUACCAAUAAGUGGGAGUCCAAUUCUACAGGAAACAUUUUUGGUGACCCUUCAGUGGAACUUUCAGUUGUUUCCACUGUGGAUAAAUCUGCAUCGAAGACACAAAAACUUCUUUGCUCUGGAACUGGACUUAACCCAAAGAUCAAGUGGCUCCCCAAAUCUGUGCUGAAUGAUCUCCGUGAAGUAACGGUGCAAGCAGACGGGCGUGUGAAAGUGUCCAGCGAGAUAUCGCUUCCACAGCAGGACUGGAAUAAUGGAGGGGAAUUUACAUGUGAGGUCAGCGAUCAGGAUCACAAACCUGUUCAGAAGAGCACCAGUGUCUGUGCAGUGACUCCAGCUUCUGCUCCGAUGGCACAGGUUUACCUGUUGGGUCCCUCCAUCACUGAUAUGAGAACCAAGGAUUUGGUCCCCGUCACCUGUCUGCUGUUGGGCCGCAGGCUCAAGGACUUCUCCAUUAUUUGGAAAGUAGGAAAGGACAAUUACUCUCAGAAUGCGACCACACAAACUCCUAAAGAGCACAGCAACGGAACACAGAGCGUCCAAAGUGUUCUCAAUGUUCCGGCUGCAGAGUGGAAAAAAGACACAACUGUUUCCUGUGAGGUGAAACAUCUCUGUUCCAAGAACGCACAGCAACACAACAUCUCAAAAACCAGAGCCUCUGUGAACGAACAUCCUCCCUCUAUGGAGCUGCUGCAGGGUCGAGAUGAGCUGGUGUGUCUGGUGUACGGUUUCAGCCCGUCAGCCAUUAACAUCACCUGGCUCCUGAACAGUGUGAGCGUACAUCAUGAGGACAACACCAGCAGCUCUGCCAAAGGGCCUGAUGGGAAAUUCAGCAUUAAAAGCCACCUGAAUGUCCAGGCCGCUGAAUGGGCACCUGGAGCCACGUACACAUGCCAUGUCAGGCACGUCACUGGCACCAUCAAUCGCAGCAUCUCCAAAACAGAAUUUAUUGAAGAGACGAUAUACUUUGAUGAGAACAAGUCUGAAACUAGCACACUGGAUCAGGCUGAGGAAACCUGGAACAUGGCCUGUGCCUUCAUCAUCCUCUUUGUCAUCUCUCUCGUCUAUGGAUGUUCAAUGACUCUGGUCAAAGUGAAGAUGGCAUGAUCAGCUCUUUCGGGCGUCUUUUAGACUCGCGUUUAAUCCUUACAUUAUGUCAUGCUUUAUUGCUGUGUUGUUGUACUUGU